GUAGCGGAGGCCGAGGUGGCAAAGGACGAAGCGAACAAGAAUUUUAAAGGUCACUUUUCGGCUGCAAUCGAGGGCUACACACGCGCCAUUGGGCUAAACCCGAACAAUGCCAUCUACUGGGCGAACCGCGCCGCCGCUCAUAUUAAGCUCGAAAACUAUGGAGCCGCUGUUGCGGACGCCGAGAAGGCCACGGAGAUAGAUCCCAAGUAUAUCAAGGGCUACUAUCGCCGCGGAGAUGCCCAUUUUGCGCUGGGCAAAUACAAGCUGGCUCUGAAGGACUUGCGGACGGCCGCCAAAGUGGCGCCUCGAGAUCCGGACCUUCGCAAAAAGUUGGCUGAGUGCGAGAAGGAGGUGAAGCGGCUAAGGUUUGAGGAGGCGCUGUCUGUGCCGGACUCGGAGGCAAUUUCCAUCCUGGCCACCCUGGAUCUAUCCAUAUACGACAACAUCGAUGAGUCGUACACGGGGCCGCGGAUGCAGGGCAACGCCACUGACGGCUACGUCAUCACGGAGGAUUUUGUGACGGCUAUGUUGGAGGAGUUCCGGCAGCAGCGGACCAUCCACAAGCGGUUUGCGUUUGAGAUUGUUCGCCAGGCCCACUCGCUGUUCCGGUCGCUGGCCUCCCUGGUGGAUGUGACCAUACCCGAGGACAAGCACUUCACGGUGUGUGGGGACAUACACGGCCAGUUCUACGACCUGCUCAACAUCUGGAAGCUGAACGGACUGCCCUCGGCGGACAACCCGUACUUGUUCAAUGGUGACUUUGUUGAUCGGGGCAGCUUCAGUUGUGAGGUGAUCUUUGCCCUGCUGGCCUUCAAGCUGCUUUACCCGGAGCACAUGCACCUUACUAGGGGCAAUCACGAGUCCAAGUCCAUGAACAAGGUGUACGGCUUUGACGGAGAGGUGAAGGCCAAGUACAACGGCACCAUGGUGGACUGCUUCCGUGAGCUGUUCUGCGCCCUGCCCCUGGCCUACUGCCUCAACGGCCGGGUGCUGGUGCUGCACGGGGGGCUGUUCAGCCAGGACGGGGUCACCCUGGACGACAUCCGCAGAACCAACAGGUUCAGGGAGCCUCCCGAGGACGGCGUCAUGUGUGAUGCGCUGUGGGCUGACCCCUCGCCACUGCCUGGGCGGACGCCCUCCAAGCGCGGUGUGGGGCUGUCGUUCGGCGCCGAUGUAACCCGGUCCUUUCUGGAUGCCAACGGGUUGGACCUGUUGGUGAGGUCUCAUGAAGUCAAGGAGGAGGGAUAUGAGGUGGAGCACGACGGCCGGCUCAUCACGGUUUUCUCCGCUCCCAACUACUGCGACCAAAUGGGCAACAAGGGCGCGUUCGUGCGGUUCAACGGAAACGAUAUGGUACCUCACUUCACGACCUUCUCCGCGGUACCCCACCCGGACGUGAAGCCCAUGGCGUACGCGAACGCCUUCCUGAUGGGCAUGUGAGACCCCUAGCUGGGGAGAAGGGGAGAUUGGGCGGUGGCGGCAUCUGCCCCGGCACACAGCCAACAUUGCUCUGCUGCCGCAACUGCUGCCUCCGCUGAGCAGCGGGCCGACCGCACUGCGCACUUGCGUGCUUGCUUGCUGCCCUGCGUGGUGUUUCCCACCUUGCUUCCUUAACCAAGGGCACCGGGCACUGGUCGGCACACAGUGGUCAGCUAAGAGGAUGCAUGCAUCCACCUUGCCGCCGUGCUAGACGCGCGUCUACGUGUUGCAGCCGUGCAGCCGC